AGGGAUAGAGAAAAGAUUAUAGUGGGUCGAGUGGUCGUGGCUGCUCUUGUUGGCGUCAGUUUGUGCUGGUUACCGAUUGUCAAAGGUGAGUUUGUGUAUAUAUUACACUACCCUGGCCAGGCUAGUUAUGUCCCCAGAAAUCUCUCUCUUUCCAGCUGAUGACUUGCACAUAAACAGACCAAAAAGACACGACUACUGUGACAAGUGAUUGUUUAAAAUAUGCGAACUUUCUUUAAACUCGUACUCGUGCGCCAUCUUUUUCUCGUAGUAUUGUAAUAAGGGUUUUCUGGAUCGGCAGUAGUCUACAAAAUGGAUGUCUUCCUUUUCAUUUCCCCUCAAUUGUUGUAGUUGUUGUUUGUUUUUUUGCAGAAACAGAAACCCUUAUCUUUUGACAGGGGCCCUAGCUCGAGUAUAACAGAGUAGUCAUGAAAAAAAAGUUUGCCCACCGUAUUUAAUAUUGUUUAACAGGUUUUGCUGGAAACCAGCUGUUUGUAUAUCUCCAAAAUAUCCAAUCAUAUUUUGCGCCCGCGAUCAGUUCCAUGUUCCUGUUGGGAAUACUCUGGACUGGACUCACCGAAAAUGCAGCUUUCAUUGGACUCCUGGUUGGGUUUGCCAUGGGACUUAUAAAGUUCAUUGUUGAAAAUGUGUACGCACCGCCCGACUGUGGCGAGGAGGACACACGCCCCCAAUUUGCUAAGCUCCAUUUUAUGUAUUACUGUAAGUACCUUAUGUUUGGAGUCAAAUGAUAAAAAUAAGCAAGGCCUUGUAUCAUUUAGCCUGCGAACAGCAGACGCUUUCCCGUCGUCGCUUCUCUCCCUCUUCGGAGUGAGAGAAGCGACGACCGGAAAUGCGUCUGCUGUUCGCAGGCUAUAUAUCAUUCAGAUACUGCAGGAAUGUAGAAAAAAUGACUUGUAGAUAUGAAGGACAAUGACUACAAAUUAAUCCGUACCUCCAAAACAAACAAACAAACGCCCAGAAGCACGCAUGGUAACGUUUGAAGUUUUCUAGACUCUGCAUCGUCACGCAGGCCUCCAACAUCGCGGUGGAGCAGGACAUGAUGACGCGACUAACGUCUGCCUGGAUACUAGAAUUUUGCUGGUCGGAAUAAAUUCCCAUAUAAAAUGCAGAUGAAACUCAUGAAGGACUGAGGACGUUCCAUCCCUAGGAAGAUUGCAUUUGUCCGUCACAAUUGCCCUCCCAUUCAAUCCCCGCAAAAUUUAAUGCUGAUCGUUGUCGCCUCAAAGACCUACAACGAAGAGGUGUCUUUACGGGCAACACAUCGGAUGCGCCCAGCAAUAGCCACCGAAAUAGCUCGGUUGGUAGAGCGUUUGUCGUUGUAGGCUCGAUUUUCGACCCUUUAUCCAGGGUGCCACAAUAACGGAGUACAAAUGUUAUCGCCUUUGCCAUAAUCACGAAGAAAUGGCGGUCCCAUCUCCAGAAGGGGAUGUAAACUAGUGUCCUUCAUUCCCUCACUACAUAAACUACAGGGACAACAGGGACAUGUUUCGGCGCAAGGAUUUCUGGGAUCACUUAAUGUACAAGAGUUAGUUGUGAGCCUUUGGUUACCAUAAACCAACCAUAACUAACGCGUAUUCUUCCAAUCGAUCCCAGAAGACACAACAUGUUGGGAGUGAGGCGCUGUUUUAACCUAAGUAGGAGUUAUGUUUUUAUACCUUUCCUUACAGCGAAUAUCCUGUUUGCCAUAAGUGUGUUCACAAUGGUUGUGGUAAGUUUAUUUACAAAGAGGAUUCCUCGAGAUGAGCUUGGCGGACUGACUUGGCCCACAAUCAACGAACCUCCUUUAGCGCACGGAGCCAUCGGAGAGGACGUGGAAGCAUUGGAAAAAUUGACGACCAUGCAAAUGGAGGGUACGUUGAUUUAUUUCCUCUAUUUUGCCGAGACGUUGAAUAUGGCAAUCAGCGGGCCGUAAAAUGGUCUUGCUCUCAUGGCAGUUGAGCGAGGGUGAAAGAAAUAGUGAUACCUAUUUUCCUCUUUUUCAGUUUAAGGCCCCAAUUUUUCCAUUCGUGAAGAAGACCAAAUUGGAUACUGUUAAACCUAGACAAUUGUUACGUUUGCGUCGGUAAAGGUGUUUCUGAUCUCUGUUACUCAUAGUAAAAGAAAAAGAAGAAAUAGAUAGCAAGAUAAGUUGGUUUUAUAUCGGUUUGUUGAACUCGCUGUGGAGUCAUGAACAAAAUGUUAUCCUCAUGCGCUGCAUAGGGAACAUUGGCGUUGUGACAGCACUAACA